AAUGCGAUGAGCGAAGCCUCCGCGAAGGCAUGCGUCCGUGAGAGUGAAUGUAUCAGUGACGGGCUCUUUGUGGACUGUGCCGUGUCGUCAGCAGCUGGCGUUGUGGAGAACGGUGUGGAAGCGGAGCAUCGCUGAUCUGCGCCUCUCCGAGCGGAUGGUUCCACUCUGAGCGGUCGUGUGGAGCUCAGGGAGAGCAGGAAAGAGACAGUUGGAAGCACCCGGACCUCUCCCGGUUACAUAACUGAGUUUAUAGAUUACACAAAACCAGUGAUAACGGACUGUUGCCCCCGACCAGGUCGGAGUUCAACCACUUUCCCCAGCCGGUAAGUGGAAACUCACUGAACUGAAGAGAAAUCGGCUCAGCUUCCCUCUAGCCGAAUUGGCUGGAGGACAUUCAGUCUGAGGUGAUUCCAGCGACAUCAGUGCACGGCGCCAUGAACGUGGGCACAGCGCACAGCGAGGUGAACCCUAACACCAGGGUGAUGAACAGCAGGGGCAUCUGGCUGUCUUACAUCCUGGGCAUCGGCUUGCUGCACAUCAUCCUGCUCAGCAUCCCCUUCGUCAGCGUCCCGGUCGUCUGGACCCUCACCAACCUCAUCCACAAUCUGUGCAUGUACCUCCUGCUUCACACGGUCAAAGGGACUCCCUUCGAGACCCCGGAUCAGGGCAAGGCUCGCCUCCUGACCCACUGGGAGCAGAUGGACUACGGCGUACAGUUCACCGCUUCACGAAAGUUCCUCACAAUCACACCCAUUGUGCUGUAUAUAUUAACCAGCUUCUACACAAAGUACGACAGAGCCCAUUUUGUGGUCAACACCGUGUCCUUGCUCACGGUGCUCAUUCCCAAACUGCCACAGCUGCACGGUGUUCGGAUCUUUGGGAUUAACAAGUACUGACAGCAUGGAAGAAGAAGAGAUGGAGGUUUACGGUCCCCCCCUGGACCGCUCAGAGCACACAGUGUAAUGGGCCUCUGAUGAGGACCUUUCGCACCUUAUUCUAUGGAGGAGCUCCAUAAAGGAAACCUGCUGAGGAUGCCGUCACGGUUCCCAAUCGGCAAGACUCCGAGGAGAAAGCACAAGCGCACAGCGUCAUCUUUGCAACAAGCUGUGGUUCAUCCUCAUGGUUUACAAACACUUUACAUUUUAUUUAAAGAUGAAUUUCUGACAUUUCCGAAGACAGUGCUGGAAAAAUAAGUCUGUGCUGUUUCACUCCGCUGGCACUAAGAGGCCGUUUUCAAAGUUAAGUUUUGUUUAAUGAUACACUACUGUAUUUAUUCAGCCUCGCUCAAGGCUGCAGCUUCGUCUCUUUUGAGGUUUUGCGGCUUCAGUUGAGAGCAACAAUUCUACACUGACGUGGUGAGAACUGCUGGAGAGGCGAGACACAAGAAACCACCUAGUUAUAUUUGGCUCCCUUCUGCUCUGCUCUUCGCGGGGUCAAGACCGGGAAGUUGAGCAGCUCUUAUUUUUAUCUGGCCGUUUCCAUAUUUGGAAAAUGCUUGUCCUGGUUUGCCCUGUAUGCAAAGUCCUCUGGCACAGAAUGCGUGAGCCGUCUGGGACAGACCAGCAGACCCACAGUCUCAGUUGAGAGAUAAGAUUUUAUUAAAAUACCAACAAGGGGACACGUUUACACGAUAGAGGUACUUGCUUCAGCUGGCUCCUGUUGGCAGGUCAGUUGAAUGUAAUCUGAUUACAAAAUGCCACAUAUUAUUCAAGAUGUUUUUCUUAUUUACUUAGGAGAUGCACAGAUUAAAAUCCCUCUGAAUUAUGACAUUA